UGGUGGCGAAUGUCCUGCAGCUCUACCGAGAGGGCUGCCAGGAUGCGCAGCUGAAGCUCUCCCUGGUGCAGAGCGUCACUGAGAUCAGCCUUGCCAUCCAGGCUGCAGGCGCCGGCCCCAGGUUUGAGCUCUGCUGCAAGCGGGAGCUGCUGCAGACCCUGCUGGAGGUGAUUCAGGAAGAGCCCCAGGAGUCCCCGGUGCACCCCCGGGCCCUCGUGGCCAUGCAGCAGUUGAGCAAGCUGAAGCCCCGUCUGAGCAGGGAGGAAAACCGCCACCUCCUGGCUCAGUGCUGCCAGGGCAUCGUGUGCCUUCGUCGCCCGGAGCAGAUGGACAGGAGAGGGCAGACGGCGGUGGCUGCUUCAUGCCCACCGGGUGUGCAGGCGCCGUCCCUGCGAGCGCUGGGCCAGCUCAUGGGAGCCCUUCUCUGGGCAGAGCUGGCCCCCAUCCGCUUCGAGGACAUGGUGCAGGUCCUGCGGCGCUGGCUCACCUCGGCCCACGCAUGCGAGCGGGAGAGGGCCCUGCAGGUGUGCGUGCAGGUGCUGGGCUCUUACGAAGAGAGAUGCGAGCACAGGCGAGGCCGUGCCUGUGAGUGGUUCGGCUCCCUGGCGGGACUGCUGGGGCCUCUGACAUGCGACACGUCGGCCGCGUCCCGCUGGUGGGCAGUGACCUGCCUCGGCCACCUGCUCCGAACAGGAGCCGAGAACACAGACGUGGCGCCCUGGACCAACGAGAUCGGGCGCCUGCGUGAGAGGCUCAGUGCCGUCACCUCUGAGUCUCUGCUGGCCACCUCCACCAACAUCGCGAAGCUCGUUUGCAAAUAUUUCCCCCGAGGCCAGGCCUCAGGCUUCAUGAGCAGCAUUGUGGAGAGCCUGCUGUGCACCAGGCCCGUGUGCGCGUGGGCCGCUGAGCGGUGGACGCUCACCUUCCUGGGGGAUUGCGGAGAGCAAAUAUUCCAGGAGGAGGUGCCCAAACUCGUGCACCUCCUUUACACCUGCCUGCGGAGCACCCGGCAGAGCGCUCGCAGGUGCUUUGUGCUGCGGGCCGUGUUCCUCCUGGCCCACUCUCACCCACAGCCGGUGCUCGACAGCCUCCUCCAGGCGUGCCUGCCCACAGACAGCGACAUGGUGGAGGUGUGGAGGAGCCUGGGGAGAAGCGUCCUGGGGUGCCAAAUCCUGGUGUGCUUAACUGAAAAGUUAAGGGCAGCGGGAAAGAGCAGCCACAGGAGCGAGUGCUGCACUCGGGAGCUGGGCAGCAGCCAGGCUGCCCUGGAGCCUCGCACGAUCACCCACGCCCUCUGCGAGGUGGUGUCAGUGCUGCAGAGGAAGACACUGGUCCAGCGCCUGCUUCCCUACCUGCUUCCCGGCCUUCUGAGGCAGGUCAGCGAGACGCUGGGGGAGGAGCUGGCACCGUCCGUUGGGGACCUGGAGAGCGCUGACAUGCCGGGCAGCCUUUUUGUGGCGGCAUUGGAGCUGGUGCUGGCGAGGUGCCUGGACAAUCGGUGGCUGCGGCUGCUCCGGGAGCAGGGAGCGUGGGCGUCCCUGGCAGAGCCCCGGGCUCACAGCACCGGCGUGUGUCUCCUGGCGAGCGUGCUGCUCCGCGCAGAGCUCGUCCCACAGCGCCUGCUGCAGAGCCUCUUCCCCUGGCUGGAUUCGCCCUCUGCCAACCUGCGGCUCACGGCCACAGCUUUCUUUGCUGAGGUGAGGCAGCAGCAGAGCAGGGGGGGCUCGGAGGGGUUCCUGCGUCUCGCCCGGCGCGAAUCGCGGCCGAUGCUAGCGGCCACGUGA